CGCCAAACACACAGGCAAAACCCAAGGAGCAAAUCCCAAGGGUUCCACAGUCGUGGUUCCAGUUUCUGCCACGGUUGUAAAGCUACCAUCUCAGUGCCUCCCAUUCCCACAGCAGUUCUCCUUCCAGUGUACUUUCGGGACUAGACUCUGGCCCGAACUCAAGCUUGUCCCAGACCUUUCUUCCAACUUCAACCCCGAGCUGCUCAUUCCCUCCCUCGUGCCGUGUUCUGCUACCGCCAGUAGGCACACCGUGAUCAAUAAGAAUACCUUCUAGGUCUUACAUCAGCCCUCUUCCGGUAGCGCGGAAGCAGAAACUCCCGCCAUUGUCGCCUGAAAAGGCGGAAUCGAGGACCAUGCAAACGACCUCGCGAGAGACCGCGCUCGGAACUGUGCAAGCCGGCGCAGGGGCGGAAAGGAACUUGCGCCUUUCAGCGGCGGAAAAUGUUGCGACCGGGUCCGCGGCAGCGGGGACACCCGCCAUGACUGAGACAUGCCGCUCGCCGAGUAGUAUCCCAGCGAGUUCAGCGCCGACUGCGGAGCUGCUGCAUCUGCCGCUGUUGUCGCAGUCGUGGUCGCCAGAGGAAGAUCGCGAGCUGGAGCGGGCAUGUGCACGGCACGCAGAAAGCGAGUUGUUCCCGUUACAGAGGUACCUACUAGUGGCGGCGUGUCUGCCAAACAAGACGGCUAGAGACGUCGCGAUUCGCUGCAGAUGGCGCGGCAAGGUUCGAGAGUCGCACAAGAGAAAGCCUGGAAGCCCAUCCGCUGCUCUCCCAAGGAAGAAGAAGUCGCACAGCAGCAGAGACAGGCGCGACGCAGCAGGCGAUAUACGAGAUAACGAGGCAAUCAAUGAGGAGGACAGGCUGCUGGCCCAGGGGCUAGAGGAAUCGCAGCCGUCCAAAGCAGAGGGUCUUAUCCCUGGGAGGGUGGAUGGGGAUGGGGACGCAGGCGUGAAUGGCGCUCCUGCUAGCGAAUUCUGUGAUGCGCUUUCCAUGACCCUGGGCUGCCUGCUAGCUUCUGGUGCUGCUGCUGCUCCUGCUGCUGCUGCUCCUGCUGCUGCAGCUACGGAUCCGUCUGCCAGUGCUGCUGCUGCUGCGGGUGCAGGUGCUGCUGCUCCGAGGAAUUUGGGCUCUCUAGAGGCCACUAUCCUCGGAGUAGACGGCAAACGAGGUAGUGUGCGUGACGCUGCUGGUUGCGACGGCGAUGGCGGUGCGGAUGCUGCUGGUUGUGCUGCUGAUGCUGAUGGUGCGGAAGGUGCUCACGGUGCUAGAAGGGCCAGCAGCGUGGUUGCUGUUGACGCCGACAACGCCAGGUUGAUAGCGUCACAACAGGAUCCACAGGCGCAGGUCAUGAACACCAAGCAUUGCGUGAAGCGUGGUGUGAAGCAGGAGUUGAAGGUGUAUGGAGCGAUGGUGUGUGGGGAAAUUAAAGCCCCAACCCUGUCGAGACCAUCGCUUGCCACACUUGGAUCGUUUGAGUCGCCUGGAUUCUCCGUGUCGCCUACGUCAGUGCUCACUGCAACGGCGGCGCCAUUGAAUAUGAGGUCCCCGUCAUCCCCUUUAUUGUCAGCUGCGCUACCGUGGAAUGUGCCGGUGGAGCAGGAGGCGCGGCUGGCGCACAGCACAGUGCUCAUUGAGAAGAUCAGGGAGGCCCUCAGGCUGCAAAAGCUUCAAGACUCUGGUGACAUGUUGCAGCAACUGAAACGCAACUUAGUGUCGUCUCUGGAAAGCUUGCAAGCCUUCCCAGGAAUAAGCAGCAAGAUGCCUCCACUCCCGCUUCGGCCAAAUCUUCAGCUCGCCACUCAAAUUCUUUCAAUACCUUUUGCAACGGUUUAGAUUCCCAGCCAAAUCCUUGCAGGAAAAGGCAGAAGCUGGAGCUUGCAAUAUGGUGGAUUAUAUGUUGUUAGUGGCAAGUACCGGUAAUGUCAACAGCAUAAUGCUGUUUCCUCUUGGCUGAAGUUGCAAUCAAGUAAUAUCUCCAAC